AAGAUAAAUUAUUGUCUCUGCUAUUUGAAGCAUGUUAGAUCUACAGAUUCAUUUUAGUGUGUGUUUGGGUUCUCACGCUUAUUAUUCAUUCAGUUUUAUUGUACCACGUUGUAUUUGAUGUAAACGUUAAAUCAAAUCAAGCCUGCAGCUAGCGGUUAAAUUACCCAUAAAAUUGAUGUUGUUUAUAAGUUGUUGAACUUAUAAGUCCAUUGAUUGAUGGAUAGCAAAUUGUUUAUAAAAAGAUAGAUAGGACGUAUUGAAAAUGCAUCACAGUGGGUAACUAAAUACUGUAUGAAACCAUAAUACAACCCACAUUAGCAUCAAAUAAUAAAGUAAGCGAUUUGCUUUGAAUUAUCAUCAUGCACACUGUCAAAUAUCCUGUUUGUGAAGGUUGAUUACGUUGCUCUGUUUACCCACAUCAGCUUCAUCCGUUUCCAUGGCAACUCAGACGCACAAACUCGCUCAACCCAAACCCGACCGACUCACCUUCCCAGACCGUCGUUCGGUUUACUGGCUGGAUCAGCUGCCACGGGAGAAAACGGGAUCCACCAAAACUGAGUUAACGCCUCGCUGGUCGGAGCUAUGUAGAAAUAAAAAGUUCUACACUCAAGUCACACUUUCUCCCACAUGGAAGGUGAGUGAGCGGGCUCUCCGCGCCAUAACAUCCGACCGACUGCGUCGUCUGGCUCAACCCCGUCUCCACGCCGCUGGCUGGCAGCCGGAGCACCUGCAGCUUAAUCCAUUGAACAGGUUGACGCAGACAGCAGCCCCCACUUCACGAAUAUGCCAGCUCGCCCAACCAAAAAGAAGGCCGGUUGUGGACGGCUGUGGCCCAAAAUCUAAAGCUGUAACCAUGAGCCACAAACCCUGUAGAGCUUCAGCACACAUAGAGCUGCUUGCCACCCCUAAGCACGACCACCCUAAGUUCGAAGGAGAGCGCUCGGUGUGCUGGACCGUCUCCAGAGCGGCAAGAAACUUCGUAGCCAGCGAGAGGCUUCUGGAGCUGUCCGCUCCCAAAGAGAGGAACGCUCUGUUUGAGGGAUACGACCCGUACGUAGUCACCCAGGCCGCACGCUCCGCCUGCCCCUCACCCCGGAUACGUCGGCUAUGUCUGCCUCUGCCUCGCAAAUGUUGCACAAACCGGGACGGAUGAGGUCCGGUCCCCGGUGACGUGUUUUGUGUCUUUUUCACAAAAGUUGUUUCCAUGUAGACAAUAAAGUAGUCUGGCAGCUGGA